AUGCAUCUCUUCAAUACUCUUACUGCGUUUGCUACUAUCAUCACUAGCACAAUGGCGCAGAGUACACCAGCACCGCCUCAAAUGACUUUGAUCUAUCACAUGGAAGCAGACCUGGGGGAACGAUUUUCGCUAGGCUCUAUUCCAACUGGGCAAGAACGCAUUGUCAUUCCCAUUGUUGGAGGCACGUUCAAAGGACCCAGAAUUUCUGGCAAAGUCCUUAACCUUGGUGCGGAUUGGCGCCUGACAGAUGCGCAAGGAAAGUUUCGGCCAGACGCUCGAUACAACAUUCAGACAGAUGACGGUACAUAUAUUUACGUGCAGACUGAAGGCUUGCCCCCUGCUGUAGAUGGCGCACCGUCAAUGUUGCGAGGAAGAUUUGAGACGAGCACGAACGGAACUGCUGCGUGGUUGAAUGAUGUGGCUGCUGUUGGCGUCAUAAGGAGGAACGGCACAUCCAGUGUGCUGAUUGAUAUGUGGCAGGCGUCCCCACCUUCGGAGUGA